UAUAGAGCCCGCGAUGAAGCUCAUGAUAUAGCCUUUUAGUAAUCCGAUCCUCAACGAAAUGAAUUUUCUCUUAUCUAUCAUUAUUCUAGUCGCUUCGGCUGUUACUCUAACAGUAGCCGUUCCGGCUGGCUCCAGUAUCACUCCGCCGCCGCCCAUUGAGCCGGUUCAACUCCUGUCCUCACAGCCGUUCGAUACUAGACGACCAUGGACCAGAGUAAGAGACUGGAUAAUUGAGAUGAUCUGGGACCUCCCAAAGCCACUCUCCCAUCGGCUCCCUUUGAAGGAUGUUUCGCAUGAUCGGUCUCCCCCUUCCCGGGUUCAGGCGCGGUACGGCAGCGAUGUGGUUUUGCGGUUUCGUGUGCGCAAUGACAAAGAGGCCGAGGCAUUAGAGCAGGCAACGGAGAUCCUCUUUCUCGAUGUUUGGGCUUCCGCCUCUGAUUUUGUUGACGUUCGGCUGGCUGAAGAAGUCAUCCCCUCAUUGUUAGGCCUCUUACCAGACUCCCUUCGCACAGCUUAUACUCCACUCAUUGACAACCUGGCCGAGUUGAUAUAUACAACUUAUCCAACUCGACGACCCAUAGGGCUCGAGGGACAGACCGGAUUCCGCCCCUCUGUCCGGCAGUCAGACCAGAUCGGGGACCUCUUUUUCCACGAUUAUCAGCCAUUGUCUGUCAUCGUCCCGUGGAUGCGCCUGAUGGCCUCUAUGUUCCCAUCGCAUGUUCGCAUGAUUAACGUGGGGGUUUCGUACGAGGGCCGAGAGAUCCCUGCGUUCCGACUCGGUGUUGGAAGCAACAAAGCCCAGUCUGCGCCACGUCGAACCAUUGUCAUUGUUGGGGGCAGCCAUGCGCGAGAAUGGAUCAGCACAUCCACAGUAACCUACGUCGCUUCGAACCUAAUUACCAACUUUGGUAGAUCCAAGGGCGUCACUCGCCUGCUGGAAGACUUUGACGUCAUUCUUGUACCAACCAUCAACCCCGACGGAUACGUCUAUACGUGGGAGGUCGAUCGCCUAUGGCGCAAAAAUAGACAACGCACCAGUCUCCGAUUCUGCCCGGGAAUCGAUAUAGAUCGAUCCUGGAACUUCGAGUGGGAUGGCGAGCGAACCCGCUCCAACCCCUGUUCGGAGAACUACGCAGGUGAUGAGCCAUUCGAGGGACUCGAAGCCGCGCAAUUCGCGCAAUGGGCCCUGAACGAAACACAGAACAAUAACGCCGAAAUUGUGGGCUUCCUCGACCUCCACUCCUACUCCCAGCAAGUCCUCUACCCAUUCUCCUUCUCCUGCUCCGCCGUCCCACCCACCCUCGAAACCCUCGAAGAGCUGGGCAUGGGCUUCGCCAAAAUCAUCCGCCAGACAACCCACGAGAUCUACGACGUCACCUCCGCCUGCGAGGGAACGGUCACAGCCAUGAACAAAGACUCCACCAAGACUUUCUUCCCCAUCGGCGGUACAUCCGGCGGCAGCGCCCUAGACUGGUUCUACCACACACUCCACGCCCUUUACGCAUACCAAAUCAAGCUGCGCGACCGAGGAAGCUACGGCUUCCUCGUUCCAUCAGAGCACAUCAUCCCAACGGGCAAAGAGAUCUACAACGUCGUCCUAAAGUUAGGCGAAUUCCUUGUCAAAGAAGCCGCCGCCCCAGCAGACAAAGCAGACAUAAACUGGGAAUCCGACCUCCUAAUUGAUAAUGACUCCGUUGCUCCGCUAUCAGGUUCCGAGCCAACAUCAGUCGAUCAAAACGAGCCAGUCUCGAAUUUAAAAACUACAUCUAUACCCUCCUCAGAAGAACAAGAUAAUGAUUGGGAGCCAUUCGAUCUAGACGACGACGAAGAAGGACAUUCCUGGGAACUUCGACGACGGAGAUGAUGGAUGGUUCAUGCUUUACAUAUAGUUAUUGAAGUAUUGGGUCCACUUCUGCACCGUUCUAUUGUUUAUUCUUGGUGCUUUUUGUGCUCUACUUUUAUUCUUUCUUUUUAAUUAUCAAUACUUGAUGAAUUAAUGAUUAAUGAGUCAGAUUUUUUAGAGUUGGAAAUCUUGGGAAACUGUACCUAGUCUUUGUAGUUAUGCUUAUGA